AUGCGGUCCGAACAGUCAUUACCGGAUGGGAUGAGAGCUUCAAUUCAAUCACCGGCCUCAACGGUAGCGGUAAAUCGAACAUCUUGGAUGCGAUAUGCUUUGUCCUAG